UGACGAAUUUAUGAGUUGAAUUCUAUAAAUAUCAUUCUAUGAAAUGUAUUGUUACUAUUUUACGGUUUAAACGACAGUAAAGCAUUUGUGAACGGCUAAUAUGGGUGCAAAAUCGUCCAUAAGAAAAAUAUUCAAGGCUGAAGGACCUACAGCACAAGACAAUGACAUUUCGUUGUCCAGAGAUGCUUCUGGUUCAACACCUACAAAUCUGGUAAACAGUGCACAAGAAAUUCUGGACAACGACAUUUCGAUAUCCAGAGAUGCUUCUGAUUCAACACCUACAAAUGUAAUUAACAGUGCACAGGAAAUUCCGGAAAAUAUUACAGAAUCGGCUGAAUCGGCUGAAUCGGAAUCGGAAUCGGAGAAAAGUGAAACGGACAUAAAAACUCACAGUUACUAUUCUUUAAAUGAUAUUGGAAACACAAUAAGAGAAGAAACAGAGACAGUGGAACAAAACGUGUAUAAUGGCCUAUGUCCACGGAACAGAAAUAUAUCUGUGUCUACACCUGUAUCAGGAACAUCAUCAGAAAAGGAUUACAAGUUCCAGAAACAACAUGCGGAUUACAAUUCCCUACGUUCAUGCAAGAGACAAACAUCUUUGGGAUGUUCUUCGGAAACGAGUUCAAUAUACGAGAACAAAAUUUCAGAUUGUAACGGCGAGGAUUCAGCUUACCCGGAGAUACCCUCUAAGAGUAAUUUAGAAGAACGAGAAAAGCUGAAAGCUCAACAUCUUCAAGAUAAGAGAAGAGCCCACCUGCAUAGAUAUGAGGAAAUGAUUAUUCAUUAUAGACCAAUGAUAGUGUCUGACGUAAUUGUUAGUCAGGUUCUGCCUUAUUUACAGACAUGCCUUAAUCGCUCGGACAUCAGUGCCAUUAAAAGCGAACAAGAUCAACACAAAGCAGUGGAACUCUUAUUAGACAAAUUAACAGCAUGUCAGGAGCCAGGAAAAUGGAAAAUGUUUGUAGAAGCAUUAGAAGAGUGUAAGUAUCAGACGAUCGUUGAUGCUCUAAGACGAAAAGCUAUCGCAGUCGGUAAUGAUCCUAUAAAGAUCUUACAUAUGUUUUCACCUCAACUUCGGGAAAUGAUUGUACCAUCUGAGAUAACAGCAGAACUUCUGAGGACAGAUGUUAUCAAUUCUGAUGACAGAUAUGAAAUACACCAGAAAGAAUGCUCUGCUGGCGCUGUUGCCGCAGCUGACAUCUUACUGGACAGAAUUCCUAGAAAACAUCCGUACUGGUUCGAGAAGUUUCUCGAAGCUUUAAAAAGUAUCAACCGCCCUGAUCUUGUUAACAUGUUAACAUUUAAAAAAGAAAUAGACACUACAACAGGUAAAAAGGCGUGUACAGAUGUAUAUCAGCUUUUGAGUAGACCUAGUGAAAUGCAAGAAAAAAAUGAAUACACAAACACGGGAAUGGAUACUACAACAGGUGAAAAUGCGUGUACAAAUGCAAAUCAGCUUUUGAGUAGACCUGGUGAAAUGCAAGGAGACAAUGAAUACACGAACACGGAAAUGGAUACUACGACAGGUAAAAAGGCAUGUACAAAUGCAGAUCAGCUUUUGAGUAGACCUAGUGAAAUGCAAGAAAUAUAUGAAUACACGAACAUGGCUGAUCCUGAAUACAUGGAAAAAUACCAGAAUGUACCUGACCAUUUCAAUCCAGAUGAUGAAACUGUAGGGGGGAAGGAAACUCUGUCUGACUAUUCCCAUUCCGCUUGUAUCCGUCAAACUGAAGUUCAAAGUAAAAACAUUCAAAAACUGAGAGACAAAGGCUACAAUCUGGUUACUGAAGGAAACAAGCUUGCAUUAGAGCUGAAAGAAUACGAAACUAUUUUAACUGCUCAUGAAAGGAACAACGACCUACUGAACAAAAAGAGAAGUCUCACAGAACAGAUUAAAAUAAAAAAGAAAGAGGCAGCAGAUUUAAAAGCUGCAAUAACGGUUAGCGAUGAUUCAGAAGACGAAUGCGAGCAAAAAUGUGUUGAGAGCCUGGAAGACCUGAUACCGUAUAUGGCUCCCAGUAAACGUCAAAUAACGCUAGAUUUCAGAGGCAAAGAUGUUCCAGCUACUCUCUUACCAUCACGUAUACAGACUGAUACAGGAAUUACAGUACCAGUUAAGCUGUAUGACGUGGAGCAAGUUUACAAAGACUAUGAAUUUUAUUCUGAAUGCAAUUUUGAUUAAAUUUACUGCAUUAUAAAACUAAUGUUGCUUAGGACUUGCUUGCUAGUCAGAACACCGAAUUACAUUUUGAUUUGACUAAUCACAAUCAAAUACGAUUAUAAACAAGAGGGUAUCUGUACUAUAACAAUAGAACAACUACAGCUUUUCUAAAAAUACAUAUAGACAAAACCCCCUUACUUUGUGGUGCUGAGACGACCUAUUUUUUGUAUUUCCUUAGAAUUAGUUUUGACAAUUCAAAUAAAUAUUUCUGAUCAAUCAAAAUCAUUAUGAAUAUGUUUAAAUUUAUUGAUUUCUCUAUCCGUUUGUAUGUUCUGCUUGCGUGUGUGAUCCAUAUUUCCUAAAUCUAUUUUCAUUAACUUCGAAUGACACCGACCCUGCAACAUAAAAAAUAAUUACAUUUUCAUUUAUGUUCUGUUGGGCGGCUUGUGGUUUUCAAUUUUUCUAUCUAUUUAAAUUCAUAUCGCAUAAACAGAUAAAGGUAAAAGUUUGAGCCUUAGGUAUCAUGACUGUGAUCCAUACAUUCAUCUCAAACUCAUCGAAAGAAUACAGGUUGGUUAUCUACUUAUAUUUCAUAAGCGGCUGAUUUAAAAUUACAGUAAAGUAGGACUUACAGUGUAAAACCGCUUCGAUUUACACAUGUAAUAUAAUGAUAGUUUGUAGUUUGUAGAAAUGUACUUUUUAGUCAAUAAUCACUGCUGACUAUCUUUUUUUUUUUUGAAGUUGUUCUGCCUGAUAAUAAACUGCGUACUUUACAUUA